CUGUGAUUGUGUUGAUAUUCUUUUCUAAGCUCCGAUCAAUCUCAACUGUCGAUUAAUAUUUUCUAUUAUAUUGAACUUUGGAUUUGAGUUUGGAGAAUCGGGACCUGAAACUUAUCCAUUAAAAAUUAGGAUAUAACCAUACCAUAAACUCGAUUUAAUUCAUAAUCUAGAUAGAGAUAUCUCGUAGUGCUAGGUAACCUUUAUUUAUAACUUUUAAAUUUGUCCACAAAACGCUCAUUUCCUUCUUUCCCCUCCCUCGGUUCCGUCGGCCGGCAGUCCUUCCGCUGUCUUUUACACUAUUGCCAACUGGUAAUACAGCUACAUUCACGUAAGAAGACGACGACAUUGUCAAGUGAGAAGAAAAAGAAGUCUAAGAAGGAGGACGAAGAGGAGGAAGAUGAGCGUGAUCGAUCUGAUAACUAGAGUCGACUCGAUUUGCCGGAAGUUCGAUAAGUACGAUGUGGAUAAGCAAGCUGAACUUAACGUCUCCGGCGAUGACGCUUUCGCUCGCCUCUACGCCGUAGUCGAGGCCGAACUCGACUCCACAAUCGAGAAAGCGGAGUCUGUGGCAUCGGCGAAGAAUCGGGCUGCCGUUGUUGCUAUCAAUGCCGAGAUCCGGAGGACCAAAGCUCGGUUGCUUGACGAGAUCCCGAAAUUGCAGCGACUUGCUAUGAAGAAGGUCAGAGGUCUUUCAAGGGAAGAGCUCGAGGCUCGCAGUGAUUUGGUUUCUGCACUAAAAGAUAGGAUCGCGUCGGUGCCUGAUGGAACCACGACUGCAGCCCAACCAAGCAGCAAUGGAGGAGCUUCAGCAUCUACUGGAAUCAAGUUUAAUUCAAACUAUGAUGGCAGUUUUGAUAGUGAUUACUUCCAAAACACUGAAGAGACCGACCGAUUCAGGCAGGAAUACGAAAUGCGUAAAAUGAAACAGGAUGAAGGUUUAGAUGUUAUAGCUGAAGGAUUGGAUACUUUAAAGGACAUGGCGCAUGAUAUGAAUGAGGAAUUGGAAAGACAAGUACCCCUGGUUGAUGAAAUUGAUGAGAAGGUUGAUAAAGCAUCAUCGGACCUCAGAAGUACUAAUGUGAGACUCAAAGAUACUGUAAACCAGCUAAGAUCCAGCCGCAACUUUUGUAUCGACAUCAUCCUCUUGUGCCUCGUUUUGGGCAUUGCUGCCUAUUUAUACAAGUGAGCCGCUCUACUCUGACCGAAUGAACUUGUAGUCUAUUGAUAUGUGCAUACUGCCUGCCUUUUGCUACAAGUGUGUAGGAUACUGAAAAAACAAAAAACAAAAAAAGUAAUACAGCAGAUUUCAGCAACCGUCUUCCAGAGUUGAUAACUAACACAUCAACAAGCAAAUGUCAAACAAUUUCUAGUCGACCGUCAUGAUAGUAAAUUUGACAAACCCUGUGCACCUUGUUGAAGCUCCUGAGUCUGCCACUAGAGGCUUUUUAGCCAACUUGAAAGCUAGAUUCAAGGUCUAAGCAGUUUUACCCGGUGACAUUUCUAUUUCUACUGAAACUUUUUUGCAAAUCACAUUAGGUGGCUAGUAGCUAUUUCAAGCCAGACCAUACACCGUAAUGAGAUGUAUUAUGAAUCUUCACAUCUAUGAUCUCAGUAACCUAUAUGUUGCUCUUGAAACCUGCAGCGUGUUAAAGUGAAGAUCUUUACAAAAUCCCACUCUUUUGGGAAGCGGUUGUUGCCGUUGGUUGGCGUUGAUGGUGGCUUCUGUGGCUUGAGAAGUUCCCUCUGCUUGUGUGACUGCAUGUUUUGCUUGUAAUUGACUUGCCCUCUAUUUUUUUUUUUCUUCUUUCGGCCAUGUAUUUGAGAUUCGGAACUUUUUCUUUUUAACAUCAACCAGCAGAGCGAUUUGGAAUUCAGAAUUCAAGGAUUGCAAGCAUGUAUUUGGAUUCUUUGGAUUUGAAUUUAGCUCAAAUACCAGGAUGAAUUUCAAAUGUUAAGGGGUAAAUGUCACAUUUGGUCAUUGAGAUUACUUAAUCAUGUUAUGUUUAGUCACUAGAAAAAAUUAAUAUCAAUUUUGUUCACUCGAAUUAUUAAAACAGGUCACGUUCAAUCACUCUCCUGUUAGCCUCCGUCCAACUCCGACCACUCGAAUUUCUUAUGAAUGUCCCUCGAAUUACCGAAACAUGUCACAUUUAGUCACUCUCCGUUAGCCUCCGUCAAACUCCGUUAAUGGAGUUGAACAGAAACUAACGAGAGAGAGUGACUAAAUGUGACAUGUUUCAGUGUAAUUCGAGUGACCAAAAUUUAUAUUAAUUUUUUUCUAGUGACUAAACAUGACAUGAUUUAGUAAUCCAGUUAUUAAAUGUGAUAGGAUUUUAAAUAUGAGAUGAAUUGUCCGCUCAUUCUCAAUAGAUCCAAACUGAAAAGCUCCAAUUCCUCCACUAGUACGACAAUACCUCUACUGUUGCCCUAACUUGUGGUGUUUUUUGCGCCAUCCAUAACCCAUUUGACGGUGGAGUCGAGGCCAUUGUAUGAACCCUGUGUGUGUAUAUAUGUAAGUGAUUAGAAGGAUUUAUCCUAGGGUUAAUUAGAUUAUUUGUAAUUAAUAAAUGCUAGUUUAGAAA